CUCCCUAACAGGACAAUAAGAACACACACAUACCCAUACACUGCCCCCACUUGGACACUGAAGCAGAGGCAACACUGGUAAUAGAGGGAAAGAGAGAGUAAGAGAGAGCAAGCAGACAGAGCGCUGGUCUGGUCUGGGUUGUGGCGUGCAGCAUUGACAAGCCUGUUAACUAUAGAGAGUCAUAUAAAUGCUUUAUAACAUGUGUCUGUGAAUCUGCAUAGAACAUAUAAACAUAGACUGCCAGCCGCUUCCUGCCUCCUGCAGCAUUGGACAGCACCCGGCUGGAUAUACUUGUCACAGGGGCAGGGGGACAGUCACAGUCAAAGAGAGACUAGCUCGCUGAGCCCAGGGGACCACAAUCAACAGGUGGAGCUGAACAAAUAAGCUAUUGGUCGCAGGCUCAGCCAACAAGACCAGGGACAGAAGCGUCAGUAGAAGGCCUUGUCAGAGAGAGCACUAGAGAGCAUGUGGAAGCCACAGCCAUUGUUUAAAACAACGCCAGAGACAACAACUGAAGCCUAGCCCCAGAGACUGAAGUCACAGCACAGAGCUUCGGAGACAACACUGAAGCCAGUGAAUCCACAACCCCUGAGCCCCAAAGAGACCACCACUGCGGGAUGACUUCAACACUGUGACUGACUCUAGACCCACUGGAGUUCCAACUGUACAGCUGGGAACCAGAGCUAAAUACCAGAAUAAUAGGAUACUAAACUCACGUCUCAAAGGGAUUAUUGUGUGGUUGUGUGUGUUGCUCUGUGUGUGUGGUUCUGUGUGUGUUGUCUUGGGUGUAGCAGUGCAGUGUGUGAGCUAGUUUUGUUUUAAGUUCUGUGUGUGUAGUUCUCCAUCAGCAGAUGUUGCAGAAAUGGCCAGCAUGGUGGUCCAGCUCUUGGGCUUCUUCCUGGGUCUGUUGGGGCUUGUAGUUAGUGUAGUUGCUACGGUGCUCCCCCAUUGGCGGCGGACGUUAUAUGUGGGCUCUAACAUCAUCACAACUACUGCGUACAUGAAGGGGCUCUGGAUGGAGUGUGUGUGGCACAGCACGGGCAUCUACCAGUGUGAAGUACAUCGCUCAAUGCUGGCUCUGCCACCUGACCUACAAGCAGCGCGGGCGUUGAUGGUGCUAUCCUGUCUGACCUCCACCCUGGCAGUCCUGGUGUCCUCUACAGGGAUGAAGUGUACCCGCUGUGCCCGACGCUCCCCCACCAAGCACGUCCUGGCCAUCAGUGGAGGGGUCUGCUUCCUGUCUGCAGGCAUGCUCUGCCUUAUCACUGUCUGCUGGACAACCAAUGAUGUCAUCCUCGACUUCUACAACCCCAUCCUACCUGAAGGUAUGAAGUAUGAGAUUGGCAUGGCGGUGUAUUUGGGCUAUGUCUCGGCCUGUCUAAGUCUGAUGGGAGGGGCGGUACUCUGUUGGAACUGUGAGGGGCGGCCCGGGAACGCCCUCCCCCUCCAGCUACCUCGUCGUCACCACCCUCCUCCUCCCCCUGUCUUCAGCACUUUAAACACCCCAGCACCCCCCUACUAUCCCCCUACCGCACUGAAUGGCAACCGCGCUCCCUCACGCACCUCAGUGUCCAGCAGUGGCUACAGACUCAACGACUAUGUCUGAGAGAUGGAGUACACACUCAAUUAUUGCUUCCUAGUGUGGAAGUGGACACACUUAAUUAUUAUGUUUGAAUGUGGAAUAUAAUACAGACUGAUUGACUACGUCUAAGGGAGGUUCACACUCAAUGACUUUCCAGACAACCUCCAGAGAGUAACUGAGGAUGAGUGUGUUUUACAGUGUUGAUGUUGUUCAGGUUGUGUCCUUCUUCUCUGAGGUAAAGUCCACAAGGUAAUCCUGUCCUCUUUAUCCUGUUGACUUUGUAUGUUUACUAUAAGAAUCCAGAAACACACUUUUGAACAUCAACAGCCUUAUUCCCUAAUACAAAAGGAGCUUCCUUCGAAAAGGCCUUUAGGACAAAGACAGCAUAUACCAUAAUGAGGACAAAGACAGCAUAUACCAUAAUGAGGACAAAGACAGCAUAUACCAUAAUGAGGACAAAGACAGCAUGUACCAUAUUGAGGACAAAGACAGCAUACACCAUAAUGAGGACAAAGACAGCAUACACCAUAAUGAGGACAAAGACAGCAUAUAUCAUAAUGAUAAGCCAUAUAGGGUACUUCCAUGUGUAUUAUUAUGUGUUCCAGUUUCAUAGCUCAUAACUUCAUGGCUGUUAGAUGAACACAAAUAGAUUUUUAACUGCUCCAAUUAUUGUGAAGCACUUCCUGUCUUCUCUAUUAUUGAAUAUAUGUCAACUGCUUUAUACUUCUCCUGUUAUCUUAAAAUACAAAGUCACCAUGGUACAACAGACUACAAUUGAGCUUGAGGGUGGUAAGAUAGGUUACUACUAACUGAACAAAAAUGUAAAUGAAACAAUUUAAAAGAUUUUACAGUUCAUAAGGAAAUCAGUCAUUUUCAAUAAAUUAAUUAGGCCCUUGGGCUCCCGAGUGACGUCUAAGGCACUGCCUCUCAGUGCUAGAGGCGUCACUACAGACCCUGGUUCAAUUUCAGGCUGUAUCACAACCAGCCGUGAUUGGGAGUCCCAUAGGGGGGCACACAAUUGGCCCAGCGUCGUUAGGAUUUGCCGGGGUAGGCUGUCAUUGUAAAUAACAAUUUGUUCUUAACUGACUUGCAUAGUUAAAUCAAAAAUAAAAAUCUAUGGAUUUCACAUGACUGGUAAUACAGAUGUGCAUCUGUUGGUCACAGAUACCUUAAAAAAAAGUAGGGCCGGGCCGUAGAUCACAGCGGUAGGAACCAAAAAUCUCCCAUUUGGACUCCAGACCAAAUUACACAUUUCCACCGGCCUAAUGUCCAUUGCUUGUGUUUCUUGGCCCAAGCAAGUCUCUUCUUCUUAUUGGUGUCCUUUAGUUGUGGUUUCUUUGCAGCAAUUCAACCAUGAAGGCCUAAUUCACACAGUCUCAUCUGAACAGCUGAUGUUGAGAUGUGUCAGUUACUUGAGCUCUGUGAAGCAUUUAUUUGGGGUACAAUUUCUGAGGCUGGUAACUCUAAUGAACUUAUCCUCUGCAGCAAAGGAAACUCUGGGUCUUCUAUUCCGUAUUGACUGACCGUAAUGUCUUAAAGUAAUGAUGGACUGUCGUUUCUCUUUGCUUAUUUGAGCUGCUCUUGCAAAAAUAUGGACUUGGUCUUUUGCCAAAUAGGCUAUUUUCUAACCUGUCACAACACAACUGAUUGGCUCAAAUGCAUUAAGAAGGAAAGAAAUUCCACAAAUUAACUUUUAACAAGGCACACCUGUUAAUUGAAAUGCAUUCCAGGUGACUACCUCAUGAAGCUGGUUGAGAGAAUGCCAAGAGUGUGCAAAGCUGUCAUCAAGGCAAAGGGUGGCUAUUUGAAGAAUCUCACAUAUUUAAAUAUAUUUUGAUGUAACACUUUUUUGGUUACCACAUGAUUCCAUAUGUGUUAUUUCAUAGUUUCGAUGUCUUUGCUAGUAAAGAAAAACCCUUGAAUGAGUAGGUGUUGUUCUAAAACUUUUGACCGGUAGUGUACAGUCGCCUACUCGCCCAAAGCACAAAAACGUAUCGGAAAUGUGAUCUGUGCAAGGAAUAUGAUGACCACAUGGUGGCGCCAGCAGCCUAUCUAGAAAGUGAGUAGCGUUGACUGUUCAAGAAAGAAAGACUUCGGCUUCUCAUUGUCUGGCUCAUACCAAACUUGUGCUGAAUGAAACAGACAAGUAGUCAAAGCUGUGAGCUUAGAAAGUAGUUGUAUUUAUACAUUUACUAUAAAUGAAAAGGUUCCUAGAAUUUCCAACAAGUGUGUCCAAUCCCCAUCUCAAUAAGUCCAAGUCAAAGUCCCUUUAAAUUUAAGUUUUUAAAAUUUUGACUCUGGAUUUCAGUAAA